AUGUACGAGCUCUUUCUCACAACGCUUGUCGACGAUGAUGACAUCCAGGCGGCUUGCUCCGUCCUGGGUGGUCUCUGCGCCAUGCCCCCGUGGCAGAGUCUCCAUCGUGUGCUCUACUUCAAGGGCCCGGCCAAACCUGGCGGGAUCUCGAAUCAGAACUCAAUCCCCAAGACCCCACGGAAAGACAUCCAGAUGCUGUGGAAGGACCUGCACCAGCAACUGAGUCGUCAAUCCUACAUCCUUCAGGCCCGAUAUGAGGUCUUCAAGGAUAAGGACUUCGGCCCGAACGCUCCGGAACUGGACUUCAAUGCGCGUCCCGGCACCCUCCGAUGGACCGACUUCCCUGACCCUCCCCAGAACCGCUCGUCGGUCACGCAGCGUAAGAAGACGGAGAUCUGGGACCAGAAGAACCUGUUGUCUGUUAUGAGAGACAACAACUACCAAUUCAAGAGCGAGGCUGUAGAGGAGACGUAUCAGUUUUUCAGAGACGACGUCGAGUUUUGCUUUUCCAGACACUACAUCCUCCAGAUGAACGGCGACAAUGGCCCUCUCACGCAGACGGCCACGUGGGACACCAUGUCCCCGGCCGAUCCGGGACGGCGUUGGAUGUUCUUGAUCAAGGUCCAUGUGCAUCAAGACAACAAGCCCGACGAGAUUCUCAAAGCUCACGAGCAGUUGGCCAACAUUCGACGCGAGCUCGAGGGCGUCUUCGAUUUUAAGAUGUUCGACAGACGCAUUCACGAUACUCGCGUCGCAGUCGAGAUGCGGAACGCACCGGCGCCGCUACCUCAAGUCAUGACCGUCACUGAUCAGCGGUAA